UGUAAAUAAAGAAUCAUUAACGAGUGUUCUCUUAUAAUUUUUUGCACUAUUUAAGUCGAGUUUUGCUCAGUUGGCAGUCGAUAAGUGAUCAAACAACACUCAACAAAUCUUAUCUUGUCUAAAAUUUUUAAAAAUUAACAAAAAAAAAAUAAAAUGGGAGAUUGUUGGCGACAAUCUUAUGAAAUUUUUAAUCGACGUCCUCGAAUGACACUCGGGAUCGUAAUUGGGCUUGUUGUUCUCGUUAUAAUUUGUAUUUGUUCGGCAAGUAGUAAAGGCGAUGAGGUAAAGGUAAAAAUUGUUCCGUCGCAUAGCACGACAAAGGCUCCUCAUAUGGAGUCUCAUAAUAAAACCACGUCGACAACUGUUGCAACGACUAUGAAAACCAAUGCAGUGAGUACUUCAACGCAAAAAAUUACGACGACAACUCCGAAGCCGAUUGAGUUGCCGAAGAAAAUUGUAACAAAUUAUCACUGCGUUGUACCGAAAUGCAAUGAAAAAGCUCCAAACGACCACAUUAUCUGUUACAAUUUACGCCUCAACGAAUCCCAUCCAAAUGUGAAUCUCAUUCCAGAUCAUCCGAAUCCCCGCCAACUAAAAUAUCUCGUCUUGGGAGGAUCAAGAGAUACUUUUGGCUCUCGAAUGCACACCCUAACUGCCGACAUUUGCAAUUCCUUUCCAAAUCUCUUGACACUCGAAGCCCAAUAUCUCGGUUUGGAAAAAAUCGACGACAAUGCCUUCGAUAAUUGCACAUCGCUUGAACAUCUCAACUUGUCAUACAAUAAAUUGAAAUUUUUCAACACAAACAAAUGGAAAACGCAACAAAAUCUGACGGAACUGAAAAUUGCUGGCAACAAAUUCGAAUCUAUUGAUCCAAAAAUGUUGAAAAAGACAUUCCCGAUGCUAAAAAAUAUCGAACUGAGUAAUAACGAGAUUACAAAAUCCGAUUUAAAACUUCUUAGUUCUUUCAAUCUCACAAUUUCGGAUUUAAAUGUUAAGUAAUUUUGUUAAAAUGAGAAAAGAAAUAAUAAAAAAAAGCUUCUA